AUGUCCACACAAAGCUUUGUGCAUGUGUGUCUAUGUGUUAUUUUGCUUUUAAGUGGGAGAUGUCAAAAAUCUGAAUCGACGAGUGGUUCAAGUGAACCUGAUGUAUUUCAUGGUGCCAAUCAGCAUGACUUCUCUGUCAUUGUGGAAGGCGGAGGACAGGAGUGUCUCUGGCAGUAUGCGGAACAAAAAGGUUACUUUUAUUUUAAUUAUGAGGUUCAAUGGGUAGCCGGGUUACAGAAUGACAGAACUAUCACUGCCACGGUUAAUGCACCCAGUGGGUAUUUGAUAGACACAUCCAGUGAAACAAGUGGACAAAUCAACUUCAAAACAGAACAAACAGGUUUUUAUCAACUUUGCUUGAAUAACUUUUUUUCACACUUUGGAUCGAAGCAGAUCUUUAUCAGUUUUGGAAGUUACUAUGAUGGUUUUGAUGAAGAAAAGAAAACAGUCAAUAAAGUAAAUGUUCAUCUGAAUGACACUGUAUCAGCGAUUCAGGAUGCAACUAUCCAGAUACAGAUCUAUGUUUUCCAUAUGUGGAGAUACUAUAACUUUGCCAGGAUGCAUAAAGGAGCUGAUUACUUUGCGUCACUUGCACUCAACAAUUAUGUGUACUGGUGGUCAUUUAUCCAGAGUGUAGUCAUUGUUUUAUCUGGUGUUUCACAGCUUUACUUUCUGAAGCAGCUGUUUGCUGUGAGAGACAUCACUGCAGGUGAAAAGCCCAGAUGCUAA